AUGGGAAAAUGUAAUUUGAAUCCAUUGUAUUUAAUCAGAAGAGAUACUGAUUUAAGUAGCAUUGACUGGUGCGAUUUCAUUGUCGAUUGUUUGGUAAGGACGGAGAAGGUUUACAACCCAGAGAAAGAAUCUUCUUUCUUUUAUGGACCAGCAACAUACCUUAUGUUGUUGUAUGUGGAUAGUUUCAAGUUUGAUCAUUUGCAAGUCACACGUAAACGUCCAACUAUUUUUUAUUGGACGUCAGAGAAGAUAAGGUUUCUUAAGGAUAUUUUACAAGAGAAUGGAGGAUUUGGAUGUGGAGAUGUUAAUGAACCAUAUGUUGAAGAAGAAUGUCAAGAAUCUGAAUAUAAUGAGGAAGAAUCUGGUGGUGAUGAGGAUGAAUCUGAUGGUGAUGAGGAUUUAUGUGAUGAUGAUGAAGAAGAUUGUGAUGUUAAUAAAGUUAGUGUUGUGGAGGUGUAUGAAAAUAAAAUUUCAUAUAUGUAUCAGAAGAUGGAGGAUUUGAAAAAGGAUCUUGUUGUAAAGAUAGACGAGGGAGUGUUGAAAUUUCCUCAAAAUUAUGGGAAUGAUUUUCUGAAUGAUGAUGAAAAUGUUGAAGAUGAUGAUCAAGGGAAAUGUUCUGGUGGUCAAGGGGAUGGAAGUGGUCCACAUGAGGGCAAUAUGAUGAAAGAUGAUGAACAAGGAAAUGGAAGUGGAUUCAAUGAAGAAGAGGCCAUGAAUUUAAAUUAUGUUGUUGAAAAUGUUACUAAGAGUGUGGGUCUAAUUGAUAGCCAGGAAGGUACUGAAAACUUGGUUGCUGGUUGUAUAAAUCAGAAACGAGUUGAAGAUGAUGUGAAUGAGAAUUUGACUGGUUUUGAAAAAAAUGAAUUUGAUGACAGGACUGUGAAUUUGGGUGAGGAUGAUAAAGUUAUUGUAGCAAAGAAUGAUGGAGAAGAAACUGUUGAAGAUGGUUUAGAAAUUAUACAAUUGAAGGAUUCAAAGGAGACUCAAUCACGGAAAAAGGACAAAGUGGAAGGGAAAGUUGAGAAGUUUUCUGUUCCAAGUUUUAGUCUUGGAUUUAGUCAAGAUUCUGAAGGUUUCAAGAAGUCAUCUCAAAGUUAA